AUGGGCUUCGGACGGUUCAGUCCUUUAGUUCUCGUUUUUAUUUUUUAUAAAUCAAAAAGUCGAAAGCGCAAGCCUGACUCAUCUACUGGAACGCCGGGGAACGAAGUGCCGAUUGAAGGUGCUGCUCCCGGUUCUAAUAGACGAAACCGAAAUGCCUCAGGUGCUUUGGUCGCCCCGGGUUCGGCCGGAUCAAAUCGCAAUGCAGCCAUGUCUGUCGCACCGGAUGCAUCUUUGACUCCCUCUACUCUAUUAUCCUCUGCAGAUUCUCAACCUGUGCCUCGGGCUGCCACUGAACAGGCUUUUACAAACUCUGCUUAUCUAGGAAUGACAUCCAACCAGACCUCGGCCUCUGUCUUUCCCGGGGAUAUUGCCAGAUCUAAUGAUGGCAAUGAGGCUAGUUCUUAUUUCUUUAUUUAUCACUCAGUUUAA